AUGAGCGCCGAUUUCCGCCGCGUUAUCGGCGAUGAGGAGAUGCGCCUCUUCGCCGAUCUCACCGGCGACACCAACCCGCUCCACUUCGACGACGACUUCGCCGAACGCUCGCGCUUCGGCGGGCGAAUCGUGCACGGCAUGUGCACCGCAGCAUUGAUCUCGACGGUCAUCGGCACCCGCCUGCCGGGGCCGGGGUGCAUCUACUUGUCCCAGACGCUCCGCUUCACGGCGCCGGUCAGGCCCGGCGACGAGAUUGUGGCGCGGGCGGUGGUGGAUCGUCUCAUUCCGGAGCGCCGGCGCGUCGAGUUCGAGACCACCUGCUCAGUCGGCGACCAGAUCGUGCUCGCCGGCCGCGCGCUCGCCCAGUCCCUUCCCGCCGGAGGCCGGCUUAGCGGGGGGCCUGUGGGCCUAGAUGGCUCGCAUCCUUGA